CUUUGCCAUCCCUUUAUUUUUUGACCAAAUUUCUGACAGAAAACGCAACUAAACUGCCGUCGUUUUUUCAAUUAAACGAAAUAACAAAACAACUUCACCAUUAUAAAGCUAUCCUCAAAACAGUCUCCUCCUCGGGCCUUCUCUAUGUCUCAAACUCAAACUGACUUCUCUGCCAAGCGUAAAAAGCGAACUCAACUGAAAUCCACCAAGCCGCCACCUGUGCUUCCCGGACUUCCCGAACACAUCGCUCAGCUCUGCCUCUCCAGGGUCCAGCCUUCUCUUCUCUUCAACGUCUGCCGUUCUUGGAGACGUUUGAUUUACUCUCCUUCUUUCCCACCUUUUCUUUCUUUGUACACACUUUUAUCGUCCAAAUCUCAUCAAAUUCUACAUUUUUACUCUUUCGACCCCGUUGCUUCCACCUGGGAACCUCUUCCUCCGCCGCCUGAUCCUCCCAUUGACCUCCUUCUCCACCACCCUUCCUUUUUAUCCCGGAAGCUUCCCGUUCAGUCCGUUUCCGUUUCCGGGAAGCUCGUACUUCUCGCCGCGACUACUCAUAAUUUUUACCCUGCACUCACUCGUCCUCUUUUGUUUAAUCCCAUUCACCGGAACUGGGUAUUCGGGCCACCCCUCAACACCCCGCGCCGGUGGUGCGCUGCCGGAUCGCUUCACAACGUUGUGUAUGUGGCAAGCGGUAUAGGAUAUCAGUUCUCCACCGAGGUCGCGAGGUCAGUGGAGAAGUGGGACCUGCAGAAAAACAAAUAUAAUAACAAUUAUUACCACAAUGGUGGCUGUGGCGGUGGCGGGGGGAGGUGGGAGAAGAUGAAAGGGCUUAAAGAUGGGACCUUUUGCAGAGACGCGGUGGAUGCUGUGGGGUGGAGAGGGAAGCUAUGUAUGGUAAAUGUGAAAGGGUACGGAGCCAAGGAAGGAGUUGUUUACGACGUUGAACGGGACACAUGGCGGGAGAUGCCGGAGGGAAUGAUCAAAGGGUGGAGGGGCCCGGUGGCUGCCAUGGAUGAGGAGGUGAUGCUCACGGUGGAUGAGACCAACGGUGCAUUGAGAAAGUAUGAUGAAGAAAAGGAUGAUUGGGAAGAGAUGAUAAUUCAGUCUAACAUGCUCGUCGGAGCUCAGCAGAUUGCUUGUGGUGGUGGGAGAGUUUGUGUUGUUGGUGGUGAGGGGGGAAUCGUGGUGGUGGAUGUCGUGGCAGCGCCGCCGCGGAUAUGGGCGGUGGAUACACCAAAUGGGUUCCAAGCUUUGGCGGUUCAUAUCCUCCCACGGAUGAGCCAGUCGGUUCCAACCGAUUAUUGAUUCAUAUAAAUUUCACAAAUUUUGCAAAUUAAAAUUCAUUUUUUCAUUCUGCAAUUUUUUAUGAAUUUUUUUGAAAAUUCUUGUAACAGAUUAUAUUACUU